AUGAGCCGUACCAGUUACCAGGACUUCUUCGAGAGACUGAGGCUUGCCGGUCCUUCAUCUCAGGCCCCCACGUCUCCGUCCCAGACCCCAGCAUCGACAUCGUCGACAAAUCCCCCCUACCGUAUGCCACCGGGGUUCAAGCUGCCCAUCGAGCGACGGUUCAAGGCAAAACCUUCCGGUGAUCCGCCUGAAGUCCCAUCUCGAACAAGCGCACGGCAUGCUGGUUCUCGAUCCCCUUCCUCACGUCAGCGUGAUCGCGGUCAGGGUAACGAAGUUGAAAACGGUCUCGCGGACUGCCAGGCAGAUACUGAAAGCGUUCAAGCCGCGGGCAUCGAUCUACUAGCAACGACUGCAUUCAACCUUGACAUGGACGACCUUGAUCCGCAGCGCGAGUCCUUAGCUCCAUCGGAUACUAAUAUGGCACCGGAGACAGAUGUCGCGGCGCAGCGCCAGGAGCAGCGAGACCUCUCUUUGCUUGCUUCGUUUGUCAACAACCCACGCGAACAUGGCAAGGCCGCUCGUGAAGCCGAAGCCGCAGCAAGGAACGUAUUGCAGGCUUUAGAGCAGUGCGAACACCUUCUCGGUAGCCUCCAGCUUACGCAGGACGAAGAAUCAAUCUCAAAUACAUUGUGUGUAGUGGAGACGGUGGUCGCUCGGGAGAGGGAGAAUAUGCUUCGCAUCAAGCACAGUAUGGCUCACGACUCAGUCCAACGCGCAAGCGCUACACUGGAUCGAGUGCAAAUGCGCCUGGAGGCGUACCGUCUAAUCUACCCGGACAAAAGUCCGCUUGACUUCAACAACGAGCACCUUCAGAUGGACGCUUUCCCCUCUGAACAUGCGGCUCCUUCUGUGGCCUACUGCUUAGCCCUUACUUCGCGGAUCUUCCACGGCACGAGUCGGCAGGGAGCAGGUCUGGUUCUCAAGAUGACCAAGCUGUAUGGCUACUCCUUGACGCUUCUCGCUGGCGGGCCAAAUAUCCUGCAGCAGCAAGCCUUACGACAAACUCCGGAAGAUGUGCGCACUAUCGAGAAACGCAUCAACCUAGGCAUUCGAACCGUUCCUUACGCAGUUUGUCCAUCAUGCCACUGCACGUACAAGCCGACUUACGCGCCCACCUCCUCUGCGCCGUUGUAUCCAAAGCACUGUCGCGAGGACCUCAACGACGGCUCUGAAAGGCUCUGUGGCAGCGCCUUGGUCGUUGAUGGAUCACCGAUCAAAGUCUUUGAAUAUCAUCCUUUCUUCGAGUGGUUCGGUAGAUUCAUUGCCCUCCCUGGGAUUCAGGACCACGGCGACCAGUUCUGCGCAAGCAUCGAUGAGCACGCUCUGGCGCCCUCUACAAAAUGUGGUGUUGCUGACGGCACGCUGGUGCGCACCUUGCCAGCUCCUGGUGGCGGCGGCGAUCGCUUCUUCAUCGCCGACCGUGGCGAUGAGAAACGAUGGGUCUUCGCUUUGCAUGUCGAUUUCUUCAACGUCGAAGGCAAUCGACAGCGUGGUCGCACAGCAUCUACCGGCCAUAUCGUGAUGGUCUGCCUCAAUCUUCCACUGGACGUGCGCAAUGACGAUGCCUACAAAUACCUCGUUGCCAUCAUCCAGGGCCCAGAGGAACCCAGCGCCAAGGAGGGUCAGCAUCGCCACUAUUUGCGGCCACUCAUCGACGACUUCAAAGUUGCCUUCGAAAGAGGUGUUCGCUUCAGCUGCAGCGGGGGCUCGGGACCGCACAAGGCAUCAUCAGCACUGUCUGAUCGACAUGUACACCGUAUGGUGCUGGCCGUGCUUAUCGCAGACUUCAAGGCGUCCCGGCCAUGCGCUGGCCUCCUGGACGUCACUUCGCAUAGCUUCUGCUCCUUCUGCAAAUGCUGGAUCCAGGCCUGGCUCGGACGACUCGAUCACAGGUCCUGGCAAGCGGUUGAUGACAAUGUGACCAGGGUGGGAGCUCAUACCUGGAAACACGCGUCACGGAAGGAGCGAAAGGCCGUCGAGGAGAAGUACGCUGCUCGCGACUCAGCCUUCUGGGACCUGGGGUACUGGAGGCCGUCGAUACAGGUCGCGGUAGACCCCAUGCACACAUGGUUUCUUGGCAUUCUGCAGCGCUUCUUUCGCGAGGCUCUACGACUCGAUAGCAGCCACGCCAAAGACGGAGACCCCCCUGACUCCCCUGCCUACUACUACGACUUCACACCACCCCCCUCACUGGACUCCUUGAACCAUACCAGCAACGCUGUCCAUGGCCUAUCGUACAGAGACGCGACUCAUAUGGGUCUCAUACACAAGCGACUCACGGCGGUGAUGGAGGACACAGAAGCGGAUAGGAAUCAUCUUCGUAAGAAGUUGACGGAGCUGUCCAAACCUGCGUUACUCCAGGUCUGUCGGGACCUGAACGGAGAAAUCGGUGUAUCUCGCCAUCGGCUGGAGCAAAUAGACAGGAAGGACCUUGCCGACCUCCUGGUGACCUGGCGGAUGUCUAAACCGUUGCCCGCGCUGCCGUGGACAAAAGUCGACUACGAGGCUACGAUGCCUACCCUCCAACGCGCGAUCAGGGAGAUAACGACACCUUCGUGGAUCGGCAAAGAUAAACCUCCAGUCGACAUCGGGCAGGCGAAAGCUGGCACGCUCAAGGCAAGCUCUCCGUACGCUCUGCCGCAGGAGACCUCCAUGAAGCCUAUCCUGGACCUAACCAUGAAUCUGACGAGCGGAACCAUCGCCUUGCUUAGGCCGACAGUGACCGACGAAGGACGCACUAUGUUCCUGGAGCAGCUGGAGGCUCAUGUUUCUGGCCUACGCCGACACUUCCCUGGCUUCAUGUUCCCAGUGUACCAUAUGGCGUUCCAUCUUCCAGCGUUCAUGACGUUACUCGGCCCAGCUCGAAAUUGGUGGUGCUUUCCUUUCGAGCGCUUGGCCGGAAAAUUGCAGCGGAUACCUAAAAGUCAUAGGGCGGGAGACUCUGAGCAUACGAUGCUUCACUCGUUUGCCAAAGGCUCUAUAUUUCGGCAGUGGUUGCUACGCCCAGAUUGUCCACCCCUCUUGCAAUACUGUCGGUCUCUUGUCGACAAAGCCUACGAAUUUGCUGGUUUCGAAACCCCCUCCGAGGCGUACGACGACGACAUCGAUGGGGUGGAUAUAUAUCUGAACCGGCUCGGAGUUCAGAACUCGACUCCCGACUACAUGAAAAUCAAGUCCGACGUCAGGAACUAUACAACCGAGAUCGACGAGGAGUUAUCUGAACUUAUCGGGACUGAUGAUGUUGUUUGCUAUAGUCGCCUUCCCGCUUCCAAUGGAUUCUACAGCACCAAAGAGGGAAACAGUCACAUCUGUGCCCUUCCUUCCGAUGGUUCUGCUGGGCGCUGGACUGCCGCGCGCAUCCGCCACAUCUUCGAGAAACAGGGAGUCAUCCAGUUUGCGAUUCAACGUGCUCGACCUCGCCCGGGAUCGCAUCCGGACCCCUUUCUUGAUUACUGGCAGAAGGGCUUCGAAGCGCAACACGUCUCAAGCAAGUUCAGGCGAGAUGUCGAGAUCAUUGACGCCAGCAGGGUUAUAGCUCAUGUGGCGAGGUGGGCUUUCGAUGACGGGACUGCUCUCGUCCUUAACUUGAGCGAUCGUCGAACACUUGCCUUGACAGACUUCCGCUACAUGCCCAGCCCCACGAGCGCCGAAACUCUGCGUUUACAACCACCCUUACAUCAAUCGCCUCCCCGCAAAUCAACAGCCGCGUUUUACCAGAGUAGUCUACAUGGGCGCGUUCACGCAAUGAUCCAAUUAACAUUGCUCGAUCAUUAUACUCUACAUCCUUCGCAACGCGGUCAGGACCUCAACAGAGCCUCGGCCAAUAUUACACUCUCAGGCUCCCAGUCGCUCAAGGUUCAGACGCACCUCUCCUGCCAGGAUUCAUCUCAGACGGGUAUACAGUUGACUCCUCAUGCCCUGCCGAAGGUCGGUGCGGUGGCUCGCAAGAAGGGCAGUACAGGUGGCACGGACUGGGGUUUUGUGAGCGUGGCGCAGUCCAAAUUGGAUCCAAAAUUCGUCGGCCCAACAGCCGGGUCAAGGACGUCGAGCAAACCCAGCUUCGGGAAGUCUUGGGUAGUACGCCUGUGGAUGGCCAUCAAGGAGACCUACGAGAGUUUGGCCGCCUCUGAUGUACAUAUACUGCGGCGGAAAUUCGACGCUAGUGCAGAAAAGGACGAACGGAGGCGCGAACGGGUGGUCUUGCUCUAUUGGUACCCAAAGGAUGGCUCGGUAGUGCUGCAGAGAGUACGGGAUAUAUAG